AUGCCCAGUGUGGUCGGUGAUACGAGUGCAAGGAGCUGGGGACAAGAUACGCCCAGCUCGCUUCGCCGCUCGGCGCGGCUGAGCAGUUCGUCUCCACACCAAGGACGCACGGAUCGCGUGCGCACACCGCGUUCCGAGACCAUUUCGCGCGUGCGUUUGCAGGACAAAGGCAGGGCGAGCACCGGCGCGCCCGACGCGUCAGCAUGGGGCUCGUCUUUGUACUCGGCGCAAACAUCACGCGACGCAUCGCUGGUGAGCAGCUACUACCUGCGCUCGCAGCCCGAGGCGCCUCUCGAUGAAAGCACGUCGUUCGCCGACGAGUCCAACACGUCGGACGCGUGGAAUGGCCUUGGGUCCCUUUUGCGGGGCUCGCAGCGUCCGCCGCAGACACCCAAGUCGUACGUGCGGAAUGCCUCGAUCUUGUCUGGGGAAGCGGACGACUAUACCCAAGAGGACCAGUUUAUGGCGCAGGUGGAAAACCAAUGGCAGGAUAACAACGCCGAGGCGGACGACCACCCGUUCGCAUGCCAAGGACGCAAUGGCAUCCCGGCUACACCAGGGAUGCCGACGCCGCAUGUCCCUGGCGUCUUUCGCUCCGCACGGCGCGCACGACGCGUCGACCCGAACGAGUCGCAGGCGACCGAAGAGCCCUCGUUCCGCGCCGAGCCCGAGACAAAGCCGUCACGGGCCUCGAUGUUUGAGAAGCCGCAGGAACCCGAGACAAAAGCACACGCCUCUCUUGGCGCGAUACCCAAAGUGCUUUUGGCUCUGGGCAUUCUUGCCAUGGUGUACUAUAUUUUAAUGGCGUCCCUGUCGGGUGUGUCAGUGCCCUGGCCGUCCAAGGAGACCACUGCGCCGCUCGUCGAAAAGCCGUGGCCCUCAUCGUCAACGUCCGUGGACGAGCUCCGGAAACGGGUCGACACGCUGGAAAACGCAGUAAACAAAGUGUGGCGCUCGUUUGGCGACGUCGGUGCUGAGAUGAAGCAGACGCACCAUACCCUCAGCGAGCGUCUGCGUGCGCUCGAAGGGCGCACGGCCCUCAGCUCCACCGUCCAGGCGCUUGAGUCCGAGAUGCGUGCGCUGCGCGCGGCGCACAGCGAAGGCGCGGCGCUGUGGGCCGAAGAAAAGAAGCAGACCGAGGCGCUUCUUGCGCGCCUCGCGGUCGUCGAGCAGCGUGGCGGCAGCGCAUCCGGCACGCUUUCGAACGAUGCAGCCGAGUCGAUCCGUGCCAAGCUCGGCGAGCUCGAAGUGCGCAUCGCUCGUGCGGCGCGCCAGGCGCAGCAGGCCGACCAUGCCGCGAGCGAGGCCAAGAGUGCGGUCGAUAUGCUGCGUGCCGUCGUUCCCGAGCAGAUGCCGGUCCGCUACGACCCCCAAACGAAGCAGCUCCGCGUGGACCCUGCGCUGUACCAUGAGCUGCGCAAGGUGCUGGGCAGCGAUGCACCCCGCACCUCGGCCAAGCCCGGCAGCUGGUCGUCGUUCCUUGAGGCGAACCGUGCCGAGCUCGAGACGCUCUUUGCAAGCACUGUCAAGGAGCACCUGAACGCACGCACCUCGUCCGGGGCGUUGUUGGACCGCGACGCGUUCCUCGCCCUGCUGCAAACCGAGCUCGCCCGCGCCAAGACGGAGCUCAGCACACGCUUUAACGAGAAUGUGCACAGUCUCCAGAGCGAGAUCCUCGGCAAGGUGCGGCAGCAGCAGGAGAUGUACGAGCGCUCCGGCUCGUGGGAGGCGCCGUCGUUCCUGCACGAGUCCGUCCGUGCUAAUAGCGAGGUCUCGUCGAUGAUCCACGCGGCGCUCGCGACGUUUGCCGCCGACCAGAUCGCGCAGGCCGACUAUGCGCAGUACUCGGCAGGCGGUCGCGUGAUCCCUGCGCUGACCAGCCCGACGCACGAGCUGCGUCUCGGCGGCGAGAAUGUGCAGAGCGUCCUGUCGAUGCUCCAGUCGCUCUUGCCGAUCCCCGCGUGGCCCGGCCAAAAGAGCGGCUCGUACGCGGUGCGUGGGCGUAUGCCGGUCGUCGCUCUGCACCACGACAACUCGCCCGGAAUGUGCUGGCCUUUCUCCGGCACGCAUGGCCAGCUCGGCAUCCAGCUUGUGCGCAAGGUGCGCGUCUCGUCGAUCACCAUCGACCACCUGCCUGCCGUGCUUGCGCUGGACGGCCUCACCUCUGCGCCGCGCGACAUGGAGGCUUGGGGCAUCCUCGAGACCGACGCCGAGCGCCGGCAGCUCGCGCAGUGGCGCGCGAAGCGUGCAAGGAUGCACGCCGACGACGUCGAGCCCGCGCCCGUGCCCCCCUCGCCGUCACACGUGUACCUCGGUUCCUUCUCGUACGACCUGCAAGGCGCUGCGAUCCAGACCUUCCCUGUAUCGGCAGAAGGCGCCGCGCUUGAUCUGCCUUUUCGCGUGGUGCAGCUGAGUGUGCUGAGCAACCACGGCCUGCGCGACUUUACGUGUUUGUACCGGGUGCGUGUGCAUGGCGAGCCCGCCGAGUAG